AUGCCUUUGAAGCGUAUCAAUAAGGCACUUCAGAACCUCGGUUGCGAUUGUUUUUCGAAACGUUCCUCAGGACCGUUUGUUGAUAAUUUCUUUACAUUGCAAGCGACAGUCAUGGGUAUUCCGAUGAUGCUUAUGAGGGAGGCAUUUCUUCCUGAAGAUUACCGUCCAUUUAAGCCCUCCCCUCCCUCCCCGAAGUUGAACCUCAAUACGAAGAUUCAUCAACCAAAUACUAAUGAAAAUGGAAGCAUCCAAAUAUCCCAAGUCGCAACUUUAUCGAACCUUUUGCUCUCCAUCCGUCAGCUGCUCACGAACCCUAACUUGGAUGAUCCCCUUCUUCCAGAUACAGCACUUCAGUACAACAGUGAUCGGAAAACUGUGGAAUUUGCACAGCAGUGGACACAGAAAUACGCCAUAUGA